CAAAGAGGCGGGUUGUUGUGCGAGUGAGUACUUCCGGGAGUAAAGGUUGUUUGUUCUGCUCGCCGUUUGUCGCUGCGUUUUCUGCUAACAGAGAGGAGACGCCGACAUUUACGAAACAUGUCGCACACAAUCUUGCUGGUUCAGCCUACGAAGAGGCCAGAGGGACGGACAUACGCGGACUACGAGUCUGUUAACGAGUGUAUGGAAGGAGUUUGUAAGAUGUAUGAAGAACAUUUGAAGAGGAUGAAUCCAAAUAGCCCAUCCAUUACAUAUGACAUCAGCCAGCUUUUUGACUUUAUUGAUGAUCUUGCUGAUCUCAGCUGCCUUGUGUAUAGAGCAGACACACAGACAUAUCAGCCAUACAACAAAGACUGGAUAAAGGAGAAGAUUUACGUAUUACUCCGUCGUCAGGCACAGCAGGCAGGCAAAUGAUCUACUCUGCUGUGCCAUCACUUUUUUGGAGUCGAAGGCUAGCAGUUUGAAAGUAGUAUUGGCCUUUUGUAUUCUGUUCUGUUUUCCUUGUGUUCUUAUCCAGGUUAGUGAAAGGCUAUUUACAAAGGAGAACCAUGCUUAUGGAAAUCAUUUUAUUAAAAUAAAACACUUUGUACUAAAGUAUAGGCUCCAACAUUUUCUUGAACAGUUCGUUUUUAAGAGAAAUUAAUAACUUGUGUGUAGGUUGUACUCAAACUUGACAUCGUCGGGCUUAGUUGUGUUUAUUUUGGCCUUUUCUAUUGAAUCAGAUUCCUCUUCCCUGUUGGUUGAUGUUUUUUUUUUUUUUCUCAUGUUUGAAGUUGAAUGAUUGUGAUUUAACAGUUCUUAGCAGAUGCUGCUUUAAGUUUUAAUUUUUACAAUUUCAGUAGCUGCUUUGACAU